GUCAUAUGAUAAAUAUCUUGCUGUAUAGAUUAUCUCUUAAUCAGGAAAAACAUCAUGUAAGGGAAAGCUAUUGUUUUAUCUUGCACAGCAGGUGCAGAGGGGUUACAAAAUUGGAUCUUUUUAUCAUUAAUUUUUAAUCCCAUGGUAAUAUGAAAACAAGAACUAUUUUUAAAAGAUUCCUUGAGUUGAAUCUUGUGAUUUUUCUCUUUAUUUUUAUUUUAGUACUUUAGACCAUUUUCAGGCUUUCACAAAGCAUAGCCCAAGUUUUGUAUGUAAUCGAUGGAGACAUAAGUGGCUGGGGAUAAAAGGCAGUAAAAUAUCUUUUAAGAAGAGUUUUCAAAAGUUGUUUGUUUUUUAAUUCCUGGACAAUUUCAGACUUAAAUAGUGGGUAGUGAAAUGGAAGGAAAGUAGGCGACCACAUUCAAAAUGAACCAGUAUAGUUUGUGUACCUCUUCAUGAGAGGGUGGCUGGGUGUUGAUACUAAAUCUGAGACCUGUGUCCCAGUUAUGUGCUUAUUAAUACUAUUGUUACUUUUUUGUAGUGUGCUUGAAUAUUAUAUAAUGAUUUUGCAUCUAUUAUCUUGAUGUAAACAUAAAUUUCAAUGUUUUCAUUAAAUACCAUUUGCUUUUAUGUGUUGCUGAUUCAAGUAUGAGUGGAAAUUAAAGUAAGAAAAAGUUCUUAGUGCCUUUGGGUAAAGAUAUGCUGUUGGUAUCCACAAAGUGCCAGAUUAAGGAGUUCCAAGUCUUAUUUGUUAAUAUCAUAGGAAAUAGCUUCACAGAUCCUCAUGGCUCGAAUUUACAAGAAACCUAGUAGGGCUAAUUCACUUUAUGAGCAACAAAUUGAAAAAUAUUUCUCUACUGGAAUAUGAGACCAACCAAUUUUCAUACAGCUUUCUUUAGCUUCAGAAGCCAUUAAAAAAGGAAGAGAUUGGCUUCUGAGAGACUCUUGUAUAUGGUUAUGAAUUUUUAUUGCUUUUAUGACUGCAUUAUUUUCAUCUGUGCUGUGGAGCUUGUUCAUUUUGGUGGCAACUAGUUAAGCCCCAUUAAUGAGGCAAGUUUUCCAAUACUAUCCAGCUACUACUUUAGACUAAUAUUAAUAUAGUGCUGUCUCAUACUGUUGAUCUAGAAAAAUUGUGGAUGAUUUCAGAAUAUCUUAUUUUUUCUUUCUAGGAGGGAUUGUUUUGUCUAGGAAGGCAAAAUAAUAUGAAUAAUAGUAUUUUAUAUUAUGUCUAGACAGUAUCACAUGUAAUUUUCUAUUUCUUAACAUUUCUGUUUCUUUAAAUCUGUGCUCAAUGAAUAAAUAAGAUAGUAAUUAACUUAUUUUCAGAUUGUGUUGGUUGUCAGGUUAGACUAUAUGCCUGUUGUAGACUAUAUAGCAAAUUUGACCAGUGGCAUCACCAAAGUGUAAGAAUCUAUUGACAUCUGUAAAUAACCUAAAAACAGGUAAGCCACUAAACUGUCCUUAAAGCAUGUAAGACAGUGUCUGUAGAAAGACAAGUUUGGAAAAGGUAAGCAAAUAAAAGCUAACUUGAGGUGCCCCUUUUAAACUUCAUUUUCCUCUGGGGAUUAAUUGUUUUUGUGUCAUCAAAUAUGGCUACUCAGCAAAUAAACAAACUGCUGACUUGUGAACAACUUUUAAUUAUAUCUGUUCAACCAAAAUGUUGAUAUUUUACUCCAUGUUCUUUCUUUGGGUAAUUUCUAAUUUUAUGGCAAUGACUAUGUUUUCUUAUUUGUCUGGCUGAAAAUAGAUGUAAAUUUCUUGUUUCCGAUGUUGUCAGCUAUCUAGAUGAAAACCAGUUUGCUAUAGUUUUAAUGAAAUGAAGUUUUUUAUUGGCAUACACUGUGAUGUUUAAGGAAUGCUUGCUUAGAAUAGUAUGCUUUGGCAUUUAAGACUGUAUUUCAUCUGUAACUUUUCUCUGAUGCGUACUUGGUUAUGUUUUUAGUACUGCUCUCACUGAUUCUUCAUAUACUCAUUGUUUUUUGUGCAUGAGUUCCACAGAAUAUCCUGAUGAGCAGAAUUUAUAAUCUAUUGGUCUUUUGUACUAUAUGGAACCAAAACAAGUUAUUGAAAAGAAUCUACCUAGCCAUCAGUUAUCUGUAGCUGUUACUUAAAAAGCAUGAUACUUGCUCAUUUUCAAAAUGGCGGCAUGAUUUUGUGCAUGGAUGGAUAAAAGUACCUGUGAGUCAUGAAACACAGGAAGAAUGUCUUGGGAUGGCAGUGUUAGAUAUGAUGAGAAUAGCCAAAGAAAAGGAUCAAACUCCACUGGCCAUCUAUAACUCUGUCAGCUACAAGACAUUUUUACCAAAAUGUGUUCGAGCAAAGAUCCAAGACUAUCAUUUUUUGACAAGGAAGCGAAUAAGGUACAGAUUUCGCAGAUUUAUUCAGCAAUUCAGCCAAUGCAAAGCCACUGCCAGAAACUUGAAACUUAAGUAUCUUAUAAAUCUGGAAACUCUUCAGUCUGCAUUCUACACAGAGCAAUUUGAAGUAAAAGAACCUGGAAGAGGUCCUUCAGGUGAGGAGAUUUUUGCAACCAUUAUAAUAACUGGAAACGGUGGAAUUCAGUGGUCAAGAGGGAAACAUAAAGAAAGUGAGACACUGACAGAACAGGAUUUACAGACAUACUGUGAUUUUCCUGAUAUUAUUGAUGUCAACAUUAAGCAAGCAAAUCAGGAAUUCUCAAAUGAAAGCAGAAUUGUAACUAUCCAUAAGCAGGAUGGUAAAAAUCUGGAAAUUGAACUUAGCUCCUUAAGAGAAGCUUUGUCUUUUGUGUCAUUAAUUGAUGGAUAUUAUAGGUUAACUGCAGAUGCACAUCAUUAUCUAUGUAAAGAAGUAGCACCUCCAACAGUGCUUGAAAAUAUCCAAAGCAACUGUCACGGCCCAAUUUCAAUGGAUUUUGCCAUUAGUAAACUGAAGAAAGCAGGUAAUCAGACUGGACUGUAUGUACUUCGAUGUAGUCCUAAGGACUUCAAUAAGUAUUUUCUCACUUUUGCUGUUGAGCGAGAAAAUGUCAUUGAAUAUAAGCACUGUUUGAUUACAAGAAAUGAUAAUGGAGAAUACAAUCUCAGUGGAACUAAAAAGAAUUUCAAUAAUCUUAAAGAUCUUUUGAAUUGCUACCAGAUGGAAACUGUUCGCUCAGACAGCAUUAUUUUCCAGUUUACUAAAUGCUGUCCUCCAAAGCCCAAAGAUAAAUCAAACCUGUUGGUCUUCAGAACCAGUGGUAUUUCUGAUGUACCAACCUCACCAACGUUACAAAGGCAUAAUAAUGUGAAUCAAAUGGUGUUUCACAAAAUCAGAAAUGAAGAUUUGAUAUUUAAUGAAAGCCUUGGCCAAGGCACUUUUACAAAAAUUUUCAAAGGUGUAAGAAGAGAAGUAGGAGACUAUGGUCAACUGUACGAAACAGAGGUUCUUUUAAAAGUUCUGGAUAAAGCACAUAGAAACUAUUCAGAGUCUUUCUUUGAAGCAGCAAGUAUGAUGAGCCAGCUUUCUCACAAGCAUCUAGUUUUAAAUUAUGGAGUAUGUGUCUGUGGAGAAGAGAAUAUUCUGGUUCAGGAAUUUGUAAAAUUUGGAUCUCUAGAUACAUAUCUGAAAAAGAAUAAAAAUUCAAUAAAUAUAUUGUGGAAACUUGAAGUGGCUAAACAACUGGCAUGGGCCAUGCAUUUUCUAGAAGAAAAAACCCUUAUUCAUGGGAAUGUGUGUGCCAAAAAUAUUCUGCUUAUCAGAGAAGAAGACAGGAAGACAGGAAAUCCUCCUUUCAUCAAACUCAGUGAUCCUGGCAUUAGUAUUACAGUUUUGCCAAAGGACAUUCUUCAGGAGAGAAUACCAUGGGUACCACCGGAAUGCGUUGAAAAUCCUAAAAAUCUUAGUUUGGCAACAGAUAAAUGGAAUUUUGGUACCACUUUGUGGGAAAUCUGCAGUGGAGGAGAUAAACCUUUGAGUGCUCUAGAUUCUCAAAGGAAGCUACAGUUUUAUGAAGAUAGGCACCAGCUUCCUGCACCAAAGUGGACAGAAUUAGCAAAUCUUAUAAAUAAUUGUAUGGAUUACGAACCAGAUUUUAGGCCUUCUUUUAGAGCAGUCAUACGAGAUCUUAACAGUUUGUUUACUCCAGAUUAUGAAUUAUUAACAGAAAAUGACAUGCUACCAACUAUGAGGAUAGGUGCCCUAGGUUUUUCUGGUGCCUUUGAAGACAGGGACCCUACACAGUUUGAAGAGAGACACUUGAAAUUUCUACAGCAACUUGGCAAGGGAAAUUUUGGGAGUGUGGAGAUGUGCCGGUAUGAUCCUCUGCAGGAUAACACUGGGGAGGUGGUGGCUGUGAAAAAGCUCCAACACAGUACUGAAGAACACCUCAGAGACUUUGAAAGAGAAAUUGAAAUCCUUAAAUCCCUGCAGCAUGACAACAUUGUAAAGUACAAGGGAGUGUGCUACAGUGCUGGCCGGCGUAAUCUGAGAUUAAUUAUGGAAUAUUUACCAUAUGGAAGUUUACGAGACUAUCUUCAAAAACAUAAAGAACGGAUAGAUCAUAAAAAACUUCUGCAGUACACAUCUCAGAUAUGCAAGGGUAUGGAGUAUCUUGGUACAAAAAGGUAUAUUCAUAGGGAUCUGGCAACAAGAAACAUACUAGUGGAGAAUGAGAACAGAGUUAAAAUUGGAGAUUUUGGGUUAACAAAAGUCUUGCCACAGGACAAAGAAUAUUAUAAAGUGAAAGAACCUGGUGAAAGUCCCAUAUUCUGGUAUGCACCAGAAUCACUGACAGAGAGCAAGUUUUCUGUGGCUUCAGAUGUUUGGAGCUUUGGAGUGGUUCUGUAUGAACUUUUCACGUAUAUUGAGAAGAGUAAAAGUCCACCAGCGGAAUUUAUGCAUAUGAUUGGCAAUGACAAACAAGGACAGAUGAUUGUGUUCCAUUUGAUAGAACUCCUGAAGAAUAAUGGAAGGUUGCCAAGACCAGAUGGGUGCCCAGAUGAGAUUUAUAUUAUCAUGUCAGAAUGCUGGAACAAUAAUGUAAAUCAGCGCCCCUCCUUCAAAGACCUUGCUCUUCGAGUGGAUCAAAUAAGGGACAGUAUGACUGGAUGAAAGAAAGGAACUUCACUAUGAGACUAAAGUGGAACAAAGUUUUGAAUUUCAUAUUGCUGUGGACCAUUAUUAAAAUUAUCAUGAUGCUAGGCAGCAAAAAUGUGAAAAUGUUUGUGCAAAACUUUCCAAGUUUAGUGAGUUUUUCUUCAUGAGGACAUGAGUGAAAAACAUUGAAUUUUCUAAAAAGCUUCGUGAACCGAAUCAGUUAGUUAACAUCAUUUUCUUUGGCAAAAGAAACGGAAAUAGACUUUUUUCCAGCUGAGAUUUUUGAGAAAUUGAAACAAUUGAAAUGUAGACUUUGCAAUGUUAAAGAUGCACAAAAUACAUAUGUACAGUUUUUACCACAAUGAAUAUAUAAUACUUUGACAUCUUGUGUAUUGUUUUACACAAGGGCUGGUCAUUAAUAAUGUUUUCUAAUUUUUCCAUAAUUGGUCUAAAUAGCUUAAUAUACAAACAAAUUAGAUGCUAAGAUAAUCAAAUAGGUACUUUUGUGUCUUUGCUCAUAUAUAUCACUGGCCAGCAAUAUAGCAGGUGUACAUUUUUAGCUUGUUUUUCCAUGUGCUGUAAAUAUUUUUCAAAGCAAACAGAAAAAAUGUCUAGUUUUCUUUGUAUAGGAAAUUUCCUUGACCCUAAAGAAUGCAUUUUGAAGUGGAAUAAGCUUACAAAGAUAUAACACAAUCUAUUUUCUUAUUUGUUUCCCUUGUAACUGUUUUGAUGGGUGUGAUUUUUAAAUACAACUAUCUCCAAAUUUU